GAAUUAUUCCUCACUAUCCGAUUCCCCCUCCUCUCGUAAAUGGGCUCAAAAUUGACAAAAACCGCAGCGUCUUCCCUCUGUCUUUCCUUCCCUUCCUUCACGGUAGCUUUCUCUUCAACGAAUGCAUGCAGAGAAGACCUGCUGUGUGAGCAACUAACAAAACGAUGUUGCAAUUACUGAGAAAAACAUCUCGGGCCUGCAGCAUCACAGGAGGAUUGUUUGCCCAAAACAGGACGUUGAAACCCCGUUGUCUGAUCAUGAAGAAAGCAACAGAUCCAACUAUCUUCAUUAUCCCUGCAGAUGAAAGAAAAAUCCCAACCAGCCCCAAUCCUGUCCCAAUCUCCAGAGAGUGUCGGAGAUUCCUGCAGAGUUCAAAAGGAGAAGUCUCGCUUUUUCUCUCCUCCUCCUUCCUUGAUGCAGAAAGCUGCAUCUCUCCCGAAACAAAGCUGAGCUUCACGGCUGCACGGGUAUACCCCCACGUCCAGAGCAUCUGAACAAGCAAGAGGACAAUGGACAAGAAGGAAAAGGCUAAGCCCGAGCUUACGAUGCCGAGAAGUAGCUCUGACUGGGACACAAGCGUCCUUAGCUUGAUGUUCCACUGGAUCACAUACGAGAAUGAAAGAAACAUGCAAGCUAGGAAACAAAGGACGGAUUGUAUCCAUAGCGCUCGCCAUGCUUUCCUCCAUGUGAUAGUUGCCAACGAUCCAUAGGCCCCUGCAUCUGGAUGAAGAACAUUUACUUGGUUGAUAUCUUUGUUGGUAUCCUCAAUGACUUGGCUGGCGCAGACUUUCUUCAUG